GAGAAGAUGUUAAAUAGAGAACCAAGAUAGGAGGAUGUGAUCAGUUCUCACAGAGGCAGGCAGGAAGGAAGACACAAACUUGCAACCUUGUUGAGAGGCUGUGACAUGUAAGAGAGUGUAAGAAGAAGGAAAAAUAAGCUUUCCCCCCUCUCAAGCACCAUGAAAAUAUGUAUGCAAAUCUUGUGCUUCUUUCUUUUGCUAACCUUGUACAAAUGUGCAGUGAUCACUGGGGCCUGUGAAAGAGAUCUGCAGUGUGGAAGUGGGACAUGUUGUGCUAUCAGCUUGUGGCUUCGUGGGCUUCGUAUGUGCACUCCAUUGGGGCGUGAGGGAGAUGAAUGCCACCCUAUUAGCCAUAAGGUCCCUUUCUUCGGAAAACGGCAACAUCACACCUGUCCUUGUUUGCCAAACCUCAUAUGUUCUAAAUUCACUGAUGGUCGAUACCGAUGCUCAAUAGACUUCAAGAACAUGGAUUUUUAAUGAAAAGUGUUUUGUGACCUUCAUACCUUUAUAUCUACAGCAUGUUAAAAAAUGUUGAAGAUAAUUGUCAGUUUAUACAAAUGACUUAAAUGGGCUGUCAGUAAUUAGUAAUUUCUGGACGUGCAGAUAUUGUUCCUGUAAAACAAAUGAAAAGAUUCUAGAACUGAAAUUAAAAAUAUAAACUUGCAGAAUGACUAAUAUGAGCUGGGCAUAUUUUGUAGUUCUGGAAACACCUUUAUUUAUUCCAGAAUAUCUUUUUUAAAAAAACUAAGUAGUUAAUAUUAUUGUGUCUGGAAAGAUGAUAGAUAUAGAUUAGGUAACUAGACAGCUAGACAGCUGGCUAGAUAGCUAGGCAGACAGUCAGACAAACAGAUAUAGAUAGAUAAUAGAUAUUUGUGUUCUUCUUAUCUUUCCUACUCACCGUUUAAUCUCAAUGUGCAAAGUCACUCACGGAAAGAUUGUACACUUUCCACUGUGUUGUGGAAAGUUAACUUUUUUCAUGUAGCUCUGACCCUCGCUAGUACAAUCAGUGGCAGAUUCCCUAUGAAACUAUGUGUGUUUCCAGGCAGAAAUGAGAAAAUGCUUAGCUCUCAUAAUUUGGUGACAUUGUGGAAAGUUAAGAAGUCCCUGAUGAAAGUAGACAAAACUUAGCAUCAUCAAUUUCCUGUGGUUUGAUUAAAAAGUUAAAUUGCCACAGAAGGUUUCAGGAAAGCAAAGCAAUCAAGUUGGUAAUACAAAGGAAGGAAUACCUCUUGUCUUCCAUUUCCCUAAUGAACCUUUCUUUCCUGUUGCCAUGGGUACUGAGGAAGAAAAACAUAUCGAUGUUUUCCUUAAUGUGGUCUUGAUCAGAUUGAUUUCCCAUCCACUCUUGAAUGUGAUUAAAGUUUUUAUACGAUUCCUAUUUUGACUAGCCAUAAUUAACCUGAAUGGCUGUUAGGCAAGGGAAGAAACAAGACUGGUGCUUCUUGGACAAAUAAAUUAGGAAUUUUGGAUCUGAAUUUUCCUGAUGGGGAAUUCCAUUCCUUUCCUGAACCUUGGCAAGCAUCUUUAAUGAUUAUUACAGUAGAUACCUUACAGCACAGUCAGUCCUUUAAACAAGUAUUUCUCAACCUCAGUAACUUGAUGAUGUAUAGACCUACUCUCACAAUUCCCCAGUCAGCAUGCUUUAAACAAACAGACCACUGCCUGAAAACAUUUCAUACAUACAUACAUAUAUAAUAUGUUUAUGUGAAAUUAAAUGUAUAUAAUUGUUAUUUUAGGGGGUGGGAGAGUUGUGUUGGGUUGUUUACCGAUCACAUUUUUCUCUGAGAUCUGCUCAAUAGGAUGGGGUAGAAAUAAUUAAUAAUGGAAAGAAGGGAGGAAGACAGACCUGUCACAAAAGACACCUAAUCAGUAUUAACCUUGCCAUUUCUUUUUCUGGAAACAGGAACAAAAUUUCUUCUGACAGAGUUUGAAAGAUUGUAUUUCUGCCUAAAUUGGUUUAAGUGUAGAGCUAUAAAAUAUUCACCUCACAAGAACUCUCUUCCAUAAUGCUGUCUCAAGAAUAUUGUUUUGAAUGUGGAUAGAAGCCAAAAAUUAUAGGGCCUGGAUAUGUACCACACUUGAUAAGAUUAUUUUCCCCCUUGUAAUGUGCAGAUAUACUUCCAUUAUUGUUAUG